GGACUCGCUCCUCCAAAGGCAAAACACAGGCGCUUCGUUUUGUUCCAGUCACCUUCUCCUCCGAGGAUCUCGAUUCUCCAGCAAAGAAGCAGCAACCCAAGGACGUGCGGCACGAAGCUAGCUUCGCGUUCUUCCGGUUCCAGACGCUCGCGCACACUGACACCAGUGAUCGAUCGAUCGAUUCCACAAGGCGCAGGCGCGCACAAGAGGACCGAAUCGGAUCGAGUCGAUGGUCCUCGUUGCGGCGGGGAGCGUGAGCGUGGUGAAGCUCAUCUUCAGCCUGGCCGUCGCCAUCAACGCCGCGGCCAGCAAGGCGAAGCGGAACAGGGCCGAAUGCCUCGACAUCGCGACCCGCGCUAGCACGCUCGACGCGGCCCUCUCCUCGCUCGAAGACUCAUCGGUCUCCGUCGGCGGCGCGCCGCCGAAGGCGAAGCACCCGGCGGUGGCGUCCGCGCUCGAGGGCCUCCACCUGGCGCUCCACCGGGCCCUCCAGGCCGUCAUGGACUGCCAUGAGGACGGCGCCGUGUCCCGCCACGUCAACGCCGACAGGGUGUCCGCCGAGCUGCGCCGGGCGAACCAGGUCAUCACGGAGCGGAUGAUGGACGUCAUCCUCGUCGCCAGCCUGCACACCAACAGCGUCGUCGUGGUUGAUGCGCACCAGUCGAAGCAUCGUGGAGAUGGGGGAUCGCCACCAAUUCGCCCGCUGUCCCAAAUUCAGGUGGCCUCUUUUCCAAACUCUUCCAAGGACGAGAAGCUUUCUGCCACAUCAGGUUUCAAUAGUUUCGAUUUCUCUGAAUUGGAGGUUGCUACAAAUAAAUUCUCAGAAGAAAACUGGAUCGGAAAAAGUGACUCUUGUACCGUCUACAAGGGUGAAUUACCCAAUGGUUCUGAAGUUGCCGUCAAAGAAUAUAAUAAGAAUCAAUACAAGGCUUGCAGAAACGAAUGCCAGAAUGAGGAAAAUUUGGCAGCAAAGCUUCUGCAUAAGAAUAUUUUGAAACUUGAGGGCCGUGGCUCUUCUGGUGGACGGUAUUAUCAGGUCUAUCCAUACAUGCACAACCGAAGCUUGUCCAAGCACAUACAUGGCAAUGGGCUACCGUGGCCAGAGCUUUUCAAUAUAAUUCGAGGGAUUGCCCGAGGCGCAGAUUAUCUGCAUGAGCAAUGCGGACUAGGCAUCAUCCAUCUUCAUUUAAAGCCCAGCAGCAUCCUCCUGGACUAUGACUAUACUCCCAAGAUUUGUUAUUUUGGAAACUCCAAGGUGUUACCUGCUUCUGCCAAGGAGGGGGUAGUUGAUUCUGUAGUACGACCAUGUGGUUUCGCAGCUCCAGAAUACAUCAAGUCUGGCAGAUUUUCAGCAAAAAGUGACGUCUACAGCUUUGGCGUCCUCCUCCUCGAGCUCGUUACUGGAUGGAGCCGUUAUCGGAAAGGGGAUGAUAAUCGGGACGAACGUCUAAAUGAGUUGGUGUGGGAGUUUUGGCAGAAUGGAAGGGAGGACGAUUGUGUUGACCCAAUGCUAGCCCGUGCCACCGGCACAAUGGGGUCGCAGUUCCAGGAGAUGAAGAGGUGCAUCCAUGUGGCACUGCUCUGUCUCGAAGAGGACCCGGUGCUGCGCCCUGACAUGGCUGGCGUCCUCAGGAUGCUCGCGGACAAUAAUAACCUGAUUCCACGCCCGCAGCACCCAGCUUACACCACUUGAUCUGUGUAGAUGAUCUGAUCACGAAACACGCAAAGCUCUAGUACAGUGCAGUAUGCCCCUAUUGAUCCUUCGAAUCGUAAAGAGAUCUUAAUUGUAAAUCAAAUGCCGGACUGUACAUAAGCCGGCCUGUGGAAACGGUAGUUUUUUGUACCCGUUUCUGCCCCACCAAUAGGUAGAUCCAUUGUUUUGUUUUCCACACGAAUAGAUAGUUGUUUCCACAGUUUUGUUCUACAUGUGAAAUUGUUGUUUGAAAAGUAAUGCAAUCUGUCCAGUUCAUUUUCUAUCU